AGGUAAACACUAUGGAUACCACGUGACCAACACAGAACAAUGAAACUAGUGUAAAAGAACUCUUAGAGUCUACUGUAGUGCUAACAAUACGCACUUUCUGCUUAGUAGCUCUAGUUUGUUACCAGUAACUAUGCUUAAUGGCAAUGUUCGUCCAGUACCUUCGCAGGACGCAGGAUCAUUUGUACCUAACAAGAAUCGUCCUUACAGCUGGACCUCCAGUACCUCCACCAUCUCAUCCAACUCUAUCUUCAACAAGUCUGAGCCUGUGUUCCGUUUAAACGAUGAUCUCUCAACCCCCGUUUUCACGAGUAACAGCUCCCUCCAACUGUCGUGGAGGAACCCUCGUAAUGAGAUGUCAGUUACCUCCCCGGUAGAGUACAGAUCCAGUUCUAGCACUAUGUCCGACCACGAGACGUGGGAUGAGGAGGAAUCUACUGAUGGGUCCCGUAUCUACCCAGUUAGAUCUGGUGACAUGGCUACUACUUCUUUCGGGACACGUGACCCCUACUCUGUGUCCUCUGAAGAGCUAAUGGACACCGUGUUCGAUAGCAGGUCACCAAGGACUCUCUCUAAAACUAAGACCGGGUCAGCUGAUACUUCCUGGUUAGAAGACAAAUUAGCGAAGGAUUUAAGCAGCAUCAUGCCCACUUUUGAGUUCUCCAAAACCUCGUUUAAACGUUUAUCAGAUCGCCCCAUGUUCUCCUCUAGUUCUGAUUCCGCCUCUGAGGCUAGCAGUGACGAGUCCCAGUCCAUGACUUAUUGUGCCUCUCCAGAGUUGGAGCCGCGUGUUCCUCGCCACUCCUGGGCCAGUAACCUCGAUAUCAUAGACUCCGACCAUGAGACCUUAGAACGGUUCAAGGGUAACGCUAACUCAAAACGACCGAAACGUGACAGAUCAAGGAGCAGGAGGAACAGUUAUGAUAACUCAUUUCGGUACAGGAAGCCGUCGUCUGAGAGAGGAACCCUGAAGAGGAACCAGAACCAAAACGAAAUGCAGGACAAUAAACUGACGUACCUUCGGUUUGAGAGCCAGACUAAGUUCAAUUAUAAUGAGCGGGGUAUUCCGGCUCUGAAGCGACUUAUCAAGAGCAAGAGCAACUCUUCUGAGCUCAUCAUCGAGGGUGAUCGGCUGGUGGUGAAGUUCAAAAGACGUAAAGAUCUGCUCUGUUCAUCUGUUAAAACCCGGAAAAGGAAGGUUGUUCUCCACCUGUUGGAUGUGGUAAAUGUUCUGGUGUUCACUGGUAGCAACACACUUAUUAUUCAGUUCAAAGAGAGCACCAAGACGAAGCUCCUAAAAGAGAAAUCUACGCUGGACAAGCUUUCAGACACGAUCAGGAGCUCCAAGUCGAACUCUCUUAGUCGGUCUAUGAGAUCAGCGUAUUCGGAUGGCGACUCUGAGAUCUCAGAACUGGAGGUUGGUAGGUUUCACAAUAGCAAAGAACUCGCGGACCUUAUUUUGAAGCAGAGACAAUCGCUGGUUCCUAAAGGUAUUCUCAAGCGAGGCGGCAGUCUAGCUGCCCGACCAGUAGAGCCUAUCAUGAUAAAACCAGCCAAGAUGGGUAUAUCACCCUCUCCUGCCGAGGAAAUCAUGGAAUGUCUUACAUAUGUUUAGUUAUUGAUUUGCAAGCGUUGGAUCUCCAAGUUUCCGUAUCUUGAGCUCAUCAGUGCAAUAGGGAGCUGUAUGUUUUGGGGAGGCGUCUAGCUUACUAUAGAUACAAGAUAAUGAUGCUUUCACCCAAUUUCCAGUAGCCACAGUUUGCUGUGUCAUUGAAGUAACAUUUUUAUUCGAUUGUUAAUUUACAUUGACUACUAGACUCAUAGAAUUGUUUAAACAUUAAAUCUGUUGUUAUUCAUAUUUUGUUUGAUGCAUUUUUGAAGUUUUUAGCUAAUAUUUACGAUUUCUUUAUAAAUGAUUUAUAUUAGGUAAUGAUAGUGAUCUGUUUAUAUGUAGAUGGCGGCGAUUAUGAUGCAUACGGGCAACAUUAAUCGUAUAUUGCAAUUUUUAGAUAUGGACUUUUAGCAAUACAAAAGACACAAUAUCUUUAGCUUCUGCUGAUUUGAGUUUGAGGAUUGAUUGUUAAAUUUUAUCUGAGAUCGAUUGAUCUCUUUAGUGAUUUAUUUGGUUUUUGGUUUUACAAAAGUAAAUGUUGGUCGUAAAAUAAAUCAUUUAAAAAUUCCAUUCGUCACUAAUUUAUGGCGGAAAGUACUAAACAAUUUUGUAAAAUGUAAUUCUUUUUGCAAAAUGACCAAUGUGUUACUAAUAGUGAUAAUAUUGAAGAUAGGACUACUUUCUUAUCAAAUUUGUUUGAAUCUUCUCUUAGCCAGAUUCCAUAUCAUUAUCACAUGUAUAAAAUUGUACGUUCACGUAGUUUUCGAGAUAGGUGUUUUGAGAGUUAAGGACCCCAUUGAAAUUUCAAAACUUCGAGUACCCACCGAUUUCUCAACAAAUUGCCGUAUAUAUUAAUGCUUUUCAAACAAAGUUACAACGAAUUCUUUAUAUAGUGCAUCCUGGGUUUGGACAGGAUAUGCCCGUUUAAAAUAUUUCCAUCACGUUAGUCGUUACAUUACAUAAUUCUCAAUAAAUGUAAUAGAUUUGUAGUGUUGUAAUUAGUUUAAAACACUUAUACA